GGAAUAUUGCUUAAGGUCUGAAAACAGCAAUUUAUCGUUGCUAAGACGGAAUUUAUUCUAAGAUGGCAAUGAUUAGGUUGUAAUCCAAAACUAAUGGCGGGGUCUGCUGUAACUGUGUUUUCUAUAUCGCUUUAAAUUUUAUAAUUAUUAACAUGAGUUCUUCUGAAGAAAGUGAUAAUGAAGACAUUCCUGAGGUGGAAGUCUGUCAACAUUUAUGUGAACAAUUCGCUGAAAUCACUGGAACUGAUACAGCGUGUGCUCAGUUUUAUUUACAAGAUCGAAAAUGGAAUUUAGAUCAAUCAGUUAAUGAUUUUUUUGAAGAUAGAAAUAACAAAGGUGCAGUCCGAGUUAACAGUAAAAAUGAAGCAGAGGUUGUGUUAGUUGUUGAUGGAAGUGAAAGAGGUCUUGCUGCUGCUGCAACAGCUGUCCUAGCAGAAUCUGCUUCUGCUGCAAUGAAGCGUAAAUCAGAUUCGAUGCAAAAUCCUUCGUUGACUGCUGCACUAAAACGACUAUCAGGAGCGUCAAAUCAAGGUUCUUCUCAAAUUACUGAAGAUAAAAGUUCUUCCAUUUUAAAGUUUAUAACAUGGAACAUUGAUGGUCUUAAUGAAAAAAAUAUUAAGCUGAGGACAAAAGCUGUUUGUAAAUCAAUUCUAGAUGAACAAGCUGAUAUGGUUUUUUUACAAGAAGUAGUGCCAGAAACGGCUGAGAGUCUUCUGAAAAAUUUAUCUGGCUAUGAAUGUUUUUUUGGAAAUGAAGUUGGUUACUUUGUUGCAACUCUUUUAAAAAAAUCUACCGUAUCUCAUUCAGACUUGGAGAUAAUUGAUUUUCCUAACACAAGGAUGAUGAGACAUGCUUUGAAAAUAAAUGCAACUUUUAAGGGGCACACAUUUUGUCUGUAUAAUUCACAUCUUGAAAGUACUGCUGAAGGUGCUGAAGAAAGAGUCGAACAAUUACGAACUAUGUUUAAAAAGGUAUCAUCAACAAAUGAAAAGCACUCUGUGAUAUUUGGUGGAGAUUUGAACCUCAGAGAUAAAGAGGUAGUGGCAAUUGGUGGAUUACCAUCUGGAAUUGAAGAUCUUUGGAUAUCUUGUGGAAAGCGCAAGGAAUGUGCUUAUACAUUUGACUUAACUCGGAAUGAUAAUCUUCUUUUUAAUGGGAAGUUUAAACCCAGGUGUCGUUUUGAUAGAGUUUAUUUUCGUCCUUCUUCCCCUAGAAAAGCCAAACCAAAAUAUUUUGGACUUAUUGGUCUUGAAAGACUUCUUCCUCAUCGAUGUUUUCCAAGUGAUCACUGGGGAAUCUUGAGUCAUUUUAAAAUUGAGUAGUAUAUUAAUUUUAUAUAUGUAUCAUUUUGAUAAAAGAAUUGAUAUUGUCUAUUUGGUUAAAAUUUAUUUGUCAUACUUUUGACAUGACCAAUGUUUUAUGCUUAUUUUAAAAUAUUUUUGGUUUUGUUAAGAAUGUACAUUUUUACUAUUAAUAACUUACAAUAGAUCAUGCAGUUUAAAUGUAUUUUUCAGUUGUGAUUUUUACUGUUAUAAUUUUUUUAAAAAAUAGUUAUAUUUUUCAUGUUAAAUAUGAUUCUGAAAUAAGUUUUUUUUAUUUUUUUUUUAAUAUAAUUCUAUGUUGAUAAAUUUAAUGUUUGGAAUUUUUAUUUAAUAAAAUGUAAAUACUUCACUUUUUAUGUAUGAUUAUUUAUUUUGUAAAAAUUUCAUUAUAUUAUAAAUGCUUCCCUUUCAUUUGAGAAUAAAAUUUCAUAAUUUAGUUUAAUUAUGUAAUAAUGUUUAAGCUAAAAGUGUAUAAGUUGUAGGAAAGUAAAUGUUGCAAAUAUUUUCUCUCUCUUUAAAUUGUAUGAAGUGGGCAAUUAAGUAGUAAUGUUAUUACAAUGGAUUAUUUUUCAAUUGAUACAUGGAUAAUUUGGAUUUACAGUGAUUGUCCCAAAAUUUACCUUUAACCACAAUGUUUUUAUUUUAUAAGUAAUUUGUUUAUGUCCCCUACUUUUUGCUUAAUUUUUGAUGUUGAAAAAAAAAUCCUAUUUUUAUAAGUAACAUUUUAAGAUACUUUUUUUCUUUGUUUAUUGCAAAUUCAUACUUUGUGAGUCUUUAAAAGCUGCAAUCAAAUGGUACUCUUUUUUUUUUUUGUAUGUAUGUUUACAAUACUCAUUUUUAUUUACACUUUUUUUCUCAAGUCAGUUAAUCAUAAAUUUAGUGGUCAUAAAAUAAAUUUGUACAUCUGCAUUACCAAAAUAAUACGCACAUAAUAAAGAAUAAUAAAAUGUUAAGAGUUUAAAACUUAAAAACUAAGGCAGGAAAGUCAUGUUCUCAUUUUUCGAGUUUAGGAUGAUUUAGAAUAUUUUGAUGAUUCUUUUGUUAAUAUCCCCUGAAAUUUCACAAUGUGCAUAAAGAUGUUCUUUCUUGUCCUCAAAACUCUCCAGAUUUAAGUUGCAUGAAAAAGAAUUCUGGGAACAUCCUUAAAAACUAAAUGAAACACCUGUUAUAAAAACAAAAUAAAUAUUCAAUACAUUUAAAUCACAUGAAAUUUUUCUUCAAUUUUUGACUUCCUAAAUAAGAUUGAGCAAUUUUUUUAUUGAUUAAAGUAAUUUUGAAAAUACAGCAUUAGUCCCAAAUUUUUCGAUACAGGUUUGCCUCCUGCAAAAGCCAGUUUCCUUAUGUUAAUCAAUGGAAGAGUAGUGCACAGUAGGGAAGUUUCAAUACAAUUUUAUCUAGGGGCUCAAUGAUUGGAGGAUUAAAACUUAGCAACUUAUAGUUUUUUACAUUUGAACCUACUUGGACUGUCAAUAAUUUAUAUUAAUGAGAAUAACUGGUUGGAACCGCUUCCUUUUAUAUAUCUGCUUGUGUCUCUUUAGAGAAAAGUUAAUAAACAGCAUGUCCAUCUAAUAUAAAAGCGGAGAUUGUGAUCCUUAGAACCUGUGUAUCUAUUUGUGGAAAUAUUGCAGUGAUAAAUAAAUACUUACUAUAAAACAGUCAAAUUUACAAUAUGUUUUAUUUAAGUAAGAGAUAACAAAGGCUUUACUAUAAAAUCUGUUUCUUUCGUUCUGCAUUAUUAUUUUUAAUUUUUUUUAUGUAUUUAUACAUUUAUCUAUUUUUUCUUUCAGGAAAUGAUUUUCAGUGAGAAAUGUAUUCGUUGUAAAUAUAGUUUUUAUUCCCUUUGAUUUUUAUAAAACUUUUUAUUUCAAAUGUAUGCAUAGAAAUUUUUUUUGAAAAUGCAACCGAAUCAGCAGCAUUAUGUUUAAGUUCACUUGUAAAGUUUCUUUUAAAAUUCAUGUGCAGUAGCUAUUUAUAUUGUAAAACAAUAUUCAAUAAAAUUCAAUUAAAGUUUUAAGGUGUUGCAAUAUUUCUAUUAAUGUAGUUCUAUUUAUAAUGUAUAUUUUACUUUAGGAAAUAAUUUAAUGAAGAUAUAUUAGGCUCAAUCAUUAGAAUUUCAUGUUUUUUUUUAUUGAAUAAAGAAAAUUGUCAUUUUAAACAAAAUAUAAUGACUUUUUUAGUUAUACUAUUGAUAUUUUUAUUGUCACUUAUAUUGAUCACUUAAUUAUCAUUCAGUUCCCAAUCUUUCUAAAUGAUUAUGAUAAAUAUUAGUAAAAUAAAGUGAACUAUUUUUUGUUUUAUGGAAUUAAAAAUGUGACAGCAUUGCUUUCAUAAACUAAAACCAG